AUGUCGCUUACCGCGGAAGGACAUCGCGCAUCCGACGAUUCGAAAGGCGCGAAUCUCGAAGGCGAUAGCGUUAGUAUCGUAGGUCAACAAUUGCGCAUUCCUCAGUUCUGGCCCCACAAAAUCGCGCUGUGGUUUAAACUGUUAGAAGCGCAGUUCGCGUCGGCUCGCAUAACGACAGACGAAGUUAAAUUCAAUAUCACCAUCGCGAACCUGGGCGAGAGUUACGUUGAGCAGGUGGAGGACGUGGUGCUCGACCCGCCCGCGACCGGGCAGUACGAAUACCUAAAGGGCGAAUUAAUGAAGAGACUGGCCGAAUCCGACAGCAUGCGAGUGCGAAAACUAUUGGAGGGCGAGGGACUCGGCGACCGGACACCGUCACAGUUUUUCCAGGACUUGAAGAAGCUGGCCACACCGUCCGUGCCCGACGACUUCAUCGUCACGCUAUGGAAAAACCGACUAACAGUCAGCGUGCAACGAGUUUUAGCCGCUACAUCGGAAACGAAGCCGACUGUAUUAGCGGAGAUGGCCGAUCGGAUCCACGAGAUACAUCCGGAACAAGGACGAAUCGCCGCAAUCACCCCCAAAGGACCGAACGAGGUCGACGAAUUGCGGAAGAUGAUCGAGAGACUUGAAGUGCGGAUCGAGGCCAUGAACCGACAUCGCCCGCGUUCGGUAGAACGAAAAAGUCACCGCAGCCGUUCCCGGAGUAAGGAAGGAAAAGCGGAGCUGUGCUGGUACCACGAGACAUUCAAACACCGUGCAGAGAAGUGUCGUGCUCCUUGCACUUGGGCGUCGGGAAACGCGAGCGGUUGUCAGUGA